AGAAUUUGAAAUGCUCGGAGAACGUGUAAAUAUAUUACAAGUGCCGGAAAUUAGAGCAAACGCGUAAAUUGUCACUAGUUUCAUCGGAAUCCGAGUACGUAUCGUAAAAUGCAGUGCGCGAUCCACUUAUAAGAUGACCGAGGCUUCUGGUUUAGAAACAAAUGUGUCAGAGAAACGCCAACUUUGACUCUACUGUACUAUACUACAGCGAUAACCGAUGCUAUGGUAUGCCGUAGCCGUUUUACCUGAGUCCCAGUCAGUCCCAGAAUCCUCCAAUCGUAGUAGAGACGUCGGCUAGAGCGAGAGGGAGCGGAGAAAGGAGUAGGAGAGAGAGAGAAGAGUCUCUCAUCUCUUUUUGCUCUUCUCUCUUUCUUCUAUGACAUUCAACAGAGUCGGAGCGAGAGGGAGAGGCAGAGAGGAAAUAAGAGGGGAAAAAGAGAGACGCACAAAUCCGAGCUACAGCCACACUACAGGUACUACAAGAGAAGCUGGAAGAAUAUAAGAAAAAUACGAGAGUGAGAGAUAAACUUACUAUACAUGCUCACACGUUAUUUGCACGAUGCGCAUAUUUUUUACAUACAUAUACAUAUUGUAUAUAACAUGAACGAUACGAGGAAUUUUAAUUUUACGAAUUCUUUUAGGACGAAAUAUGAACGAAGAAAGAAAAAAAUGAGGAGACCGCCCUACUCUAAACUUUGAAUAGAUCCCAGGGAAUCCUUAAGAGUCUCGAGGCUCUUAGGACACUCAAAGGAUCCACUGAAUUUUUACGAUGCCUUCCCGUUCUAAUUGCUACCGACGUCCUUGCAAAGAUUAUUAUCUAUAAGAAUUCUAUUAAAAUUGUUUCACUAGGUGGACGAUUAUUUUACUAAAUACUUGUACCCUUCGUCCCAUUUGUUCAGGUGCAUUAUGUAGCUCGUUUUAGACAUAUCUGAAACGAUGGUUCAAGGCUGGCAAUGAGCAUGAGUACGGGUACUUAUUGUAUCAAGGCUUGUUAGCAAACCGGGUUUCAUUCGCUUCACAGAUAUCGUACCACCGUGACUGACAGAUUGACAGUAUGACUUCCAGAAAGAGAGCUUUGAAAAAUCGUACCGUGGCACUGAAAUUCCAUUGAAAAAAUCCUGUGCGCGAUUCCUAACAAGUGAACUACACCAGUUGUUAAAAUUCUAUGCAAAAUGUAUCGAUUGAACAAUAUCGUAGUUUUGUAUAAACUGUAUUUAAAUAAAAGGACUCGACGUACGUGAACAAUAAUUGUUAGAACAAUGUGAUUUGAAACAAAAUAAUGGCGGCACUGGUUCGUUUGAAACGCGGAAGCGUACAAUUGAGGCACGCGGCACUCGAGAUGAAAGCAAGGCAUAUAGUAGCCGCAUUGGUCUCCGUAGGAUUCGCUUUAUGUGGUGCAGUGGAAGUGAGCUCUUCGGUGGCGUUAUUAGCGAAUCAAAAAGAUAAUCAUGCGAUCAUCGAUACAUCGUGGCACUGCGAGAUGCUGGUUAACAUCAGCAGCAGAAAUAGAACCGAGGACCAUGAAAUCAUUUUAACAGAGCUGCCACCGGAGGAGAGGGCGGAAUCAAUAAUGCGCGAGGCAUUCUUGUGGGGUCAAGUGGCUGGCCCUAUCUUAGGGGGUUGCCUCGUAUGGGGAAGAUCCGGACCUUCUAUGGUCUUUUCUAGAGCCGUGUUGAGUGCUUGUUUAGCAUCGCUACUGGUACCAGCUGCUUGGAGGAGCCCUUCACAUGUCGCUUUACGAUUGCUUCAAGGACUCUGCACUGGAGCGACUAUGCCUGCUGCUCAUAUGCUAGCCAUGACCUGGUUCAAGAGCACACACAGAAGCUGGUAUUUCAGUUGUUACGCCGCUGUCAGCGUUGGUUAUUGUUUAACUGGCUGGAUCGGCACUGCUGUGGUGCGAAGUCUAGGUCGUGAUUCCCUUUGCUACGGUUUAGUCCUAAUCGCUGUAUGCUGGUACUUCGCUUUCGGAAGAUUUGUCAAGGACACUCCGAAAUCUUAUCAACACGACACCAACGCAGCGGUUAUCCCAUGGGGGAAAUUAUUGAGAUCGGUCCCGGUAUGGGCCUCGGCUGUCGCCACUAUGGGGAACCAAUGGGGUGACGCUACAUUAGCUCUUGGAAUGACUAAAUAUCUGAAACUCAUUUACGGUUUCUCUACGGCGAACGAUUCGGUUCUGACUACUCUGCCGCAUAUAGGUCACUUCAUGGCAGCCCUGACAUGUGGGUUGCUCGUGGAUCAUGUCAGAGAAUCGAAGAUCGUGUCGACUACCACUGCGAGAAAACUGGUAGUCUAUACUGCUCAUUUUAUUCCAGCCGCUUUGCUGUUCGUGGCUGGGUACGCGGGUUGCCAGGCGUUAGGCGCAGCCUGGCUAGGAAUCGCCGCGUUGCUGGUCUCUGGUACCGCACCUGCAGGUGCCCUCGCAGCCAUAGCCGACCUGGCCCCGGUAGAAUCUCCAGCGUGUGCCGCUGCUGCAUGCGCGUUAUGCUCCACGUUAGGAGCCGCAGGCUUGCUAGCAGCUAAUUACUUCGUCACUCAAGCCCUACACGGAUCCAUCGCCGGAUCGUGGCGCUUGGUCUUUGGCGUGGCUUCCGUCGUGCUGUUAACGACGGCGGCAGUUUUCCUAUUCUUCGGCAAGGGAGUGCCGCAGCCGUGGAUACCUUCGGUGGCAAGGCCCAGGAGUUACGACGCCAUUUACGAACAAGAUGGAUUGGAAUUAGAUUACGAGGACGUGGGAGUGCAAACUGAGCCAUUUAGUCUAAGUCCGUACCAAUUAGAGGAAGAGGAGAACGGUUACGGUGAUAACGAGAAGAAUGUGAUCAGAUCUAGCUCGGUUCAUUCCAAGACCUCGCAAGCUUCUAAUUAAAACAAUUAAUUCACCGUCGAAUUUGUAUAUAAUUAGUAACACUAGGUAGAUUUGCUGUACAUAAAUCCUCUACGAUGUCCGAUAUUAUUAAGAUGUAAUUAAACGCGUUGUUAUUUGACAAAUAAAGAACGAUUCUUUAAAGAGA